AUGCGUGGCCCAAGUGUAAAUGGUAAUAGUAAUAGUAAAAUCGUUCAAUGUAUCUCUAAAUCUCCUUAUCUUAAUCAAGGAACUUCCACAUCUCAUCAAACACGUAAUUCUUUGAAGAUUACUGGUCUUAGUCCAUAUGGCGUUGAAUCAAUUGAACAACAGAAGAAACGUGCAUUGAUUCAAUUGCGGUCUAAAUCAACUGAAUUGGAAAAAUACACGUUCCUUGCUUGGUUAAGAAACACUAAUGUUAGAUUAUUUUACCGUAUCUUGAUGGAAGAAUUAGAGGAAAUCACACCGUUAGUAUAUACUCCAACUGUUGGAACCGCAUGUUUAGAAUACUCAAAUAUUUACCCAUUCCUUGCACCACCUGGUGUACCAGACGGUCUUUUCCUUUCACUCAAAGACAAAUCCAAUUUAACAGAAAUCAUAAAAAAUUUUCAACCAUAUCAAUUUGACAAAUCAUUAACUCCACAAAUUACUGUCAUCACUGAUGGUUCUAGAAUUUUGGGUUUGGGUGAUUUAGGUGUAAAUGGCAUGGGUAUUCCGGUUGGAAAGUUGCAAUUAUAUGUUGCUGCUGCUGGAAUUGAUCCUCGUCGUACUUUGCCUAUCACUGUUGAUCUUGGUACAAAUAAUGAAAAGUUUUUAAACGAUGAAUUUUACCUUGGGCUUAAACAAAAAAGAGUAUCUGACACCGAGUUUUAUUCUUUUAUGGAUGCUGUUGUCAAAUCUUUGAUUGAAGUAUAUCCAAAACUUUUAAUUCAAUUCGAAGACUUCUCUUCAGAACAUGCAUUUGGUUUAUUAGAAAAAUAUCGUGAAAACACAUUUUGUUUUAAUGAUGAUAUCCAAGGAACCGGCGGUGUGAUUUUAUCGGGUUUCAUAAAUGCCGUCAAAUUAACAAAAGAUAUUGAUCCAAAAGAACAUCGUUUGGUAUUUUUUGGUGCUGGGUCUGCGGGUGUUGGUGUUGCAAAACAAUUACUUGAGUUUUUCAUGAUUGAACAUAAUAUGAGUGAAGAAAAUGCUAAAAAAUUGGUUUGGUUGGUUGACACUAAGGGGCUAGUAACGUCAGAUCGUGGUGACAAAUUGGCGCAACAUAAAGUUUAUUUUGCGAGAUCAGAUAACAAUGGUCGACAAUACAAAACACUUGAGGAAGUGAUCGAAUACGUUAAACCAACUUGUUUGAUAGGUUUAUCAUCUACACAUGGUGUAUUCAACGAGAAAAUAUUAAAAAGAAUGGCUGAACUCAACAAACAACCAAUCAUAUUUCCACUAUCUAACCCUUCUAAUAAUGCUGAAUGUACAUAUGAAGAAGCUAUGAGACAUACAAAUAAUACUGUAAUAUUUGCUUCAGGUACAGCUUUUCCACAAUACGUUGAACCUGAAACUAAAAAAGUACAUUAUCCAGGUCAAGGAAAUAAUAUGUACAUAUUUCCCGGAUUAGGAUUAGGUGCCAUCCUUGCACAAGCAAAAAAAAUCACCGACAAACAAAUAUAUGCUGCAGCAUCAGCAUUAGCAAACUCGGUAUCACCUAAGGAGAAAGCAGAAGGACGACUUCUUUAUCCCGAUUUAAAACGUAUCAGACGUGUAUCAGCUGAGGUUGCAGCAGCUGUAAUUAUGGAAGCGGUAGAGGAAGGAUUAGCGUCAAACAAAGAAAUUUUAUCACCUGGUUUUCAACAUUUAUUAAAUAAUACUACAGAGUCAAAAGAAAAAUUAAUAAGCUUUGUUGAAAGCAAUAUGUGGGACACUACUGAUAAUAAAUUCUUUGAUGCUAGUCCUUUUAAAAAAAAAAAGCUUUAG